AUGGCCUACCAAAGAGGCUGGAAUCGCUUGCAGAACUCACCGCACUGGAGGCCCUUGGAAGCUUUUUCCAAAGACCCGCUGCGCUUGGAGCUCGGCUUCGGAACCGAUGUGAACAGCACCGGGCGAGAAGACAUCCGACAAAUUUGCAAGCACAUGGGCUUAAACUUUCGGUGUGUCGGAGACGGCACGCAGAAGCGAAUCAUGGCGCUGAAGUUGGACCAAAUCCGGGAGCGGAAGCGUGCCGAGGAAUUGGCGCUGGAAGCCCCACGGGCUGUCGCGGGCUUCUACAGAGGCACCCUGAAUGCAUUGCCAGAAACAGAGAAGUUCAAGAUCAACGCUUUGUUCGUGCAAUUCUACGGCGGCGAGAGGGCCUGGUCCCUGGGCGAAGCGUAUGCCCCGGAGGCCUUGCGGGCCGACGAGGACGAACGCCGCGAGAAGCGUCGGCGACUGGGAGAGGAAGAGGCCUCCGAGAGCGACUCAGAGGACAUGGAAGCGCUCCUUGGCCGCUGGGCGACAGUGCAGAAGGACUGA